AUGUUCCGUUUGUACGACACGGAUGGUAACGGAGUCUUAGACACCAAUGAGAUGGACUGCAUCGUGAACCAGAUGAUGACCGUCGCGGAGUAUCUUGGCUGGGAGACAUCUGAACUUAGACCGAUUCUACAAGACAUGAUGGUGGAAAUAGAUUAUGACGCUGAUGGCACCGUUUCUUUGGACGAAUGGAAUAGAGGAGGAAUGACGACAAUACCGCUUCUAGUAUUAUUAGGUUUGGACACCAACGUGAAGGAGGACGGCGAGCACGCGUGGAGACUGAAACACUUCAACAGACCGGCGUACUGCAACCUGUGUCUCAACAUGCUGGUCGGCUUGGGGAAGAAAGGACUCUGUUGUAUAUUCUGUAAGUUCACUGUCCACGAGCGUUGCGUGCAGCGAGCGCCUGCAUCAUGUGUAGCGACGUACUGCAAGAGUAGACGAGCACCGGCCGCACUCGCGCACCACUGGGUCGAGGGAAACUGCCACGGGAAAUGUGCGAGAUGUCGGAAGAAAAUCAAAGGUUAUAACGGAAUAACUGGACUACACUGUCGGUGGUGUCAUAUUACUCUCCAUAACCGUUGUGUGGGCAGCGCGGGUGGAGCGUGUACGCUCGGCAGACACGCGAGACACAUUCUGCCGCCGACAGCCAUCAGGCCGUUGGUACUAGACAGACAAAGAUCACUACCACACAGACAUACGCCGGAUAAGCAAACCCUACCAGUGUCGAUAUCUCUUCCUAUUUCCAUCGCAGCGACCACAGAAGAGAAGAAAGAAGAGAAGGAGAAGGAGAAAGAACACAGAGCUCCACCUAUAUCCUUUCAAAUAACUCCACCAGAGGGCACUUGUCCGUUAUUAGUCUUCAUUAACCCAAAAUCUGGAGGCCGACAAGGGUCUAGAGUACUUCGAAAGCUCCAGUAUAUCUUGAACCCUCGACAGGUACAUGAUAUAGCCAAAGGGGGGCCAAUGCAAGGUUUGCAAACAUUCAAAGACGUUAGAAACUACAGAGUGAUUUGUUGUGGUGGAGACGGAACUGUUGGCUGGGUGUUGGAGACUAUGGAUAAAAUCCAGAUGGAGUGUCGCCCAGCGGUCGGCGUCAUUCCUCUUGGUACCGGCAACGACCUGGCCAGGUGUCUGCGGUGGGGUGGGGGGUAUGAAGGCGAAUCAAUCCAUAAGAUUCUGGACAAGAUAGGUCGCGCCAGUACCGUCAUGAUGGAUCGAUGGCACAUACAUGUUGAGAAUUCAACGGAUGAGGUGGAACAACUCCAGAUGCCUGACUCAGCUCCUCACCCUACAUCUGUACCAUACAACAUCAUCAACAACUACUUCUCCAUAGGCGUUGACGCCGCUAUCUGCGUCAAGUUCCACACGGAGCGUGAACGGAACCCGGACAAGUUCAGCUCCAGGAUGAAGAACAAGCUGUGGUACUUCGAGUUCGCGACCUCGGAACAGUUCGCGGCCAGCUGCAAGAACCUGCACGAGAACAUCGAGCUCGUGUGUGACGGAGUUUCCCUCGAGCUGAACAAGGGUCCCGCGCUACAGGGAGUCGCUCUGUUGAACAUACCUUACGCACACGGGGGGUCCAACCUGUGGGGGGCCAGCGGGGCCCAUAGACGGGGGAGGUUCCCGGACGCGCAGCAAGAUAUUGGUGAUAAGCUGAUAGAAGUCAUAGGCUUGGAGAACUGUCUACACAUGGGACAAGUUAGGACAGGGCUUCGAGCGUCAGGACGGCGUUUGGCUCAGUGUAGUAGCAUCAGACUUAUAACGAAAAGGACCUUCCCCAUGCAGAUUGAUGGAGAGCCAUGGAUGCAGCCGCCUUGCAAGAUAACAAUAACCCACAAGAACCAAGUUCCGAUGCUGAUGGGACCGGCUCCCGAAAAGGGAAGGAGCUUCUUCAAACUGUUCACGCACUGCUAA